AUGAGUCAUCGUAAGUAUGAAGCACCUCGACAUGGAUCGCUAGCUUUCCUUCCCAGAAAGAGGGCAAGAACAAUAAGACCUAAAAUUCCAUCAUAUCCCGCCGAUGAUGAAACAAUGCCCGUUCAUUUAACUACCUAUUUUGCCUACAAGGCCGGUAUGACCCACGUCUUAAGACUUGGUGAGCGUGAGGGCAGUAAACUCUCUAAGUGUGAGAUCGUUGAUCCAGUUACUAUCCUUGAGACUCCUCCUUGUGUUGUUUUCGGCCUAGUGGGAUACAAAAAGACUCCUCAAGGCAACGUUAUUGUUCAUACUGUUUUAGCCGAGCAUAUUGAUGAGUCAGUUAAGCGUAGAUACUACAAAAGGUACUACCGAUCGCAAAAGACCGCCCUUUCUCAGUAUCCAUUAAAGUACAAGAAUGGAGUGAUUGACCAACAAAUUCAAGCCAUUAGAGAUAAUGCUGAUAUUAUUAGAGUCUUAAUUCACAGUCAAGUAACCAAGAUUAAGGGUCUUAACUGCCGUAAAGCCCAUAUUAUGGAGUCACAACUUAAUGGAGGUAGUGUUCAAGAUAAGAUUGACUUUGCUUUAUCUCAUUUUGAGAAGGAAGUCCCAGUUGGUACUUUCUGUGCUGAAGAAGAUCAGGAGAUGAUUGAUGUGAUUGGAGUUACUAAAGGUAAGGGAUUCCAAGGCUGCACCAAGAGAUGGGGAACUACUAUUCUGCCGCGUAAGACUAACAAAGGUCUGAGAAAGGUAGCUUGUAUUGGUGCUUGGCAUCCUAGUCGAGUUAUGUACUCAGUAGCUAGAGCUGGUCAGACUGGAUUCCACCACCGAGUAGCUCAGAACUUAAGAGUUUACAAGGUAGGUAAUGGUCAGGACGAAACUGUUUGCCAGACUCCUUACGACUUAACUCAGAAGACGAUUAACCCUAUGGGUGGAUUUACUGGAUAUGGUCAAGUAGUUAACGACUUUGUGAUGGUUAAGGGAUCAGUAAUGGGACCAAGAAAGAGAGUUUUAGUGAUGAGAAAGGUUAUAGGCCGACGUAUGAAGGGUAAGAAUGCUGAGAAGAUUACUUUGAAGUUCAUUGAUACUGCUUCUAAGAUUGGAGGAGGUCGCUUCCAGACUUCAGCUGAGAAACAAGAGUUCUACGGGAAACUCAAGUCGCAAUUAGUGGCUGAAACCCAGAACGAAUAA